CUGCUUAACGAAACUUCUAUAUAACUUCAUUGCUUCUCGCUGACAACGUCAGUAGAUCACCAUUUCACGGAAGCAGAACUUCGUUUAACCAGCAAUUGUUAAAACUGUGCAGCCAUGAAGUCAGGAGAGCUAUUGCCAUGCUUCAUAGCAAUUUUCGCCUUCCUUCAGUUGAUGGUGCAGGCUAAAAUGCUUCAUACAUUUAAAUUAGACCAAACAGGAAAGGAUUCCUCUCUAUUCGAAGCUGACCAUGUCACUUACAUUAAAGUAUUCAACGCUUCUUUAACUGUCAGACCUCUUCUGAAGAUAAUCAAGGCAGUUCCAGUUGAAAUGUGUGCACAAAAAUGCGCAACUACUACAGGCUGUAAAUCAUUUGUUUAUCAUAAAUUUGCAUUGACCUGCUUUUUGUCAAAACAUGAUGCAUCUGAAGACGGAAUUAAAGUUGUUCGAAGAACGAAAUAUGAUUACUUUCAAAUUAUACCAAAUAAAGGUAAAAUGGUUGUUGUAAAAGGAGCCACUAUCGACAAAUAUGACCAUCUCGAUAAACUUGAUGAUAUAAGUGCCGAUAGAUGUGCUGCACACUGCAAACAAUUGAAAAACUGCAAAAUGUUUGAAUAUAAAGUUGAACAAAGACGAUGUGAUUUGACCGAUUUAAAUCAUAAAGACAAAAGUCUCACAGCCAGUAUUCAUAGAUGGGAUUAUUACAGUUUGAAUGAUGUGCCCAGCAUAAGGAUGUUCUUGAGAGUACCAGAUGCUUAUCUUAGAGAUGGCAACAGAUUCAAAUACAUAAAAGAAUAUGAUGUAGAAACAUGUGCCACAACUUGCUUGUUAACUAAGAAUUGUAUCGCGUUUGAACAUGAUACCAAAAAUGGUCCGACCUGCAUACUUUUAUCUGACGACGCCUCCAAAGUGAAAAUUGUGCGUCCUACCCGAAACCGAGAUUUUUACCAGCUUCAGCAAGAACGUGGUACUAUGAACAUCAUACUAGGAGCUAGCAUCAACGGUUACGACUAUUACCCAACUACACGUGGUUCACUGAAAGAGUGUUUGGAUCGCUGUGUGGAAACAAAGGCUUGUGAGGCAGUUGAAUACAAGCAUUCAAACAGAAAAUGUGAUAUAGCCAAUGUAACACAUUUUGAUUUUACUUUAAAACCAAGUAUACAUUACUGGAACUUCUACGAAAUAAACGGAUCUCAAAAUCUGAAAGAAGUUAAAGAACGCUAAGAUUUCAGCUGCAGUGGAUUGAUACGAGAAUGAUAGGAAACAAGUUACCCAGAUUUAAAAAUAUUAAUGCUUGAAGUAUUAAAGAACUAAAUAUAAUCGACAA